GGGGUGGUUGGGUGGGAAGCUUAAAAAAAAGGAAAAAGAAAGAAAAGAAGCAGCGUCUGUGACUGUGCCGGUCGAGCAAGCCAGUUUUAACCUUAGCUAACGCACAUCCAAAGCACAUACCAUGAUCCGGGUUUGAGCCUGCAAAAAGCUGGGGGAGAAAACACUCACGACUGCGAGAGAAAUCCGAUGAGAGGAACGGCUCAGAGAGAGUGAGCUGCCGUAGAUUGUCCAAAGGGGCAGCGUUUCUCCUAGUUCCGGUUUGUCUGCCUGUGUGCGCUGUGCGAGUUGGGACCCUAAACAAAAGGCUGCCAUCAUCCUAAAGGAGAUAUUCUACUGCGAGAGAGCCCGUCUGCUUGAUGCUAACUAAACAUGAGCUCUUAUUUUGUUAACCCUCUUUUUUCUAAGUACAAAGGCGGCGAGUCACUGGAGCCAACUUACUACGACUGCAGGUUUCCACAAAGCGUUGCCCGCAGCCACACGCUGGUUUACGGACCCGGAGCAGCCGCACCGGGCUUUCAGCACCCGUCCCAUCAUGUGCAGGACUUUUUCCACCACGGGACCACGGGGAUCUCCAACCCCGGAUACCAGCAAAACCCUUGCGCUUUGGCUUGCCAUGGAGACGCAACGAAAUUUUAUGGAUAUGAAGCCCUUCCGAGGCAAACGCUUUAUGGUACCCAGCAAGACGCAAGCCUAGCGCAAUACCCAGACUGUAAAUCGUCGAGCAGCUCUAACCCCGGAGAAGGACAAGGCCACUUAAAUCAAAACUCCUCUCCCAGUCUUAUGUUUCCUUGGAUGAGACCCCACGCCCCAGGAAGACGAAAUGGGAGACAAACCUACAGUCGCUACCAAACUCUUGAACUGGAGAAGGAGUUUCUCUUCAACCCUUACCUGACGCGCAAGAGAAGAAUCGAGGUGUCCCACGCCCUGAGCCUCACCGAGCGGCAGGUGAAGAUUUGGUUUCAGAACAGGAGGAUGAAGUGGAAAAAAGAGAACAACAAAGACAAGUUUCCGGGUCAGAGAGGAGAGGCUGAAGCCGAGGCCGAGGAAGAGGGCAACGAGGACGGUGAAGGGGAAGAGGCAGAAGAGAAAGAAGCGGAAGAGAAAGAAGAGACCAAGGAGUGAUUUUAUGGUCCUUUUUAUGGUUAUAUGGCUGAAAAAGAGAAAAAAAGAGAGGUCCCAUAAACAGACGAAGAGUCACAAGGAGGCAGAGAGCGUCAACUUUAUGACCACCCUUUCAUUUUGUCAGGAGGGAACAGGAAUCCCUCCAAUGUUGCUGUCAUAAAUAGACAAAAUUCUCCCUUCUCACCAUUAUCCUAACAUAAUGCCAUUUGGAUUUUUUUCUGUAGAAGCUACACACGCUUGUAGCACAUUUUCUUUGAUAGACCUGUCGCCCUUGCAAAAAGAGAAAAAAGGGGGGAGUUAAAUUAAAACGCAUGUUAGAUGGAAAAUGGCUUAGCUAUUUUUGACAAAGUUGCUUUUAAUAAUAACUGUAUCAAAAGCAUAGCCAAAUAAGAUCAAAACAUGACCAACGCCGACCUGUGUUGUAAAUAGAUUAUAGCCUACAUUUAAAAAGAACAUCACUUCAGAGCCUUUCCGAAAUUGUAAGCGAAAUGUAGGCCUAUAACUUUAGUCGUACGUGUUCAGACAUCAUCGCAGCAGUUACAUUGGCGAACGGCCCAUGUAUAAACCACCAAGUUUUAUUAUUCUAAUUGUUACUGUUACUGUUUUACUCGUUUUCAUGUGAAUGGCAUAGACAAAGAUAGCCAUUAGCUCCUCAGACAUCUUUUUUCUAGGAUUACCAGGGAAAUGCAAUCGUUUGAAAUCCUUUGAUGCUACCUAAACCUGGGGAAAUUGCAAUAGAGAUUUCUGAAUAUAGAGAUUUCAUAUGGUUUUAAUUUUAAAGUGUUCUGUAUCAUCCUUAUAUUAUUAAGUUAUGUAUGUAGCAUUUACCCAAUAUACAAUAUACACUUGUUGAAGACAAUUUGUGAGUCUUGGGAAGACAAUUAGCUCAAAGCCAAGCAAACAAUUUUGAGAUUGUACCACGGCACUACCUAAACUCAGAGCCUUGCCUUUGCUGAAUUUAUAUUCCUCACUUAUGGCAUCGCUCUGACUUGAUUGCAAGCUAUUUUCCCCAACAACUAAAACUGCCUAUAACGCACAUUUUACUGUGUAUGAUAAUACCUGCUACAAUUACAACGAUUUUAAAAAGUAAGGGAAUUUUUAUUUUAAUGUGCUGGUGAUAAUAGCGUAGUUGUUUUGCACUGAAUAUAAUCUUUAUGUACGUCUUGUUAUAUAUUGAUGUUAACAAAUAUGCUCGUUUCCUGGUGUUUCUCCUGUGAAAGACAGACUUGUGUGUCCCCGCCAUUGUUGAUGUAAAAUCACAAAUAAACAAGAUGGCUCACAAUCAUUUUCUGUUUUUAUUUUUAUUUUAUUUUUUAUUAUUGACAUUACAGACUCACUUUACGCCUCACAAACGCAGAGGCGCACACAUUUGUGAACUGAGCACUGAAGGUCGUAAACACUUAUCUUUGUGUUUUUGCCACUUCCCUGCAACGACUUAAACUCAACUUUUGGCGUGCUGUAGAAGCGUUCAGAGCUCGUUUUCAUAUCGGAACCCUAUAACCACAAGUGAUUUGAUGCGAGCACAUUCACCGAGGAAAUGGCCAAAUAUCCAACAGUGCUGAUGGUCUGAUGAUGAUUUGGUUUUCGUGCGUUUACUGGCGGAGGGAGGAGGCGCGCAUAUUGAACAGCCUCUUGACUGAACUUUGUCUAAUUUAAACUUUCCAACUUUGUUCAAAUAACCAAAAAAAAAAAAAAAACGCCGGACGUGCGUUUGCAUCCCCUUUUACCUUUUAAGGAAAGGUUGCGGAUCUCAUUCACAGCAUGCGCACUCCCCAAAGCACUGAGUCGUAUUUGAUUCAUCCUCUUAAUAAAAAACCUCCUCUCUUCUGGGAGGACGCGAAGCUUUUCUUAAUGAAUCUUGGGAUGAAUAAUUGCUGUUUGAGAUGAGAUGAACAAACAUCUGGCGUGAUGUUAAUAAUCAGACGAAAUAAUGCCCAAAGCAUGAGGGAGGUUUUAUCUGUCUAUACCAUGCAAGGUGUUGUGUGAAACUUGGUGUCCAUUCAGACCUCUGGAAGGCAUCAGAGGGGUUUUUAAAAAAAAUCAAAGGGAAUAAGAGGCCAAGUGCAGGUAACACCUUUGUGCCUCCUCCUCUCCUGUCCAGCUGCUCCUGCUGCUCCUUUUAUGAUGAAGGUUUAGAAUAAUCGGAGGAUAUAAGCAGUCACCUGAAGUAGCACAAACACUGCAAUGUGUCUCAAACGGCACAGCAAUGUAGGUCAUGUGUUACAAUAACUAAAAACAAUAUUAUUAAUCGAAAUCUGAUCCUGUAAUUUGAGCUCUUCCUCUUCCACCUAGUGCUUACAACAGACUCUAACCCGAAGCUCGAUUUUUUUUUUAGGACAAUAACAAGCCACCU